ACACCAUGUACAAGACUCACAUUUUGUCGUAGACUCUGCUGCGGCACAACCAAACAUCUUUAUCAACCCAACCGGUGUCCAGGAGGAACGGGCGUGUUCCUCGAUGAGCUGGGUAGUCUUGGACUUGUCGCAGGUCAUUGGCAGCAGAGAACUGGAAGGAAAGGAGGCCAAAGGAGGUGUUGGCUUUGGGGAUGACCAGUGAGAUAUACGAGGCGACUGUAGUGACUGCUGGACGCCUGUAGUGACUAGCAUUAUGGGAUGUGGCACUUCCGUCACCACCGACAACAAGGGGAGGAGACUGACGACAGACCAGAUGGCCAAGAAAACUCCCAGCCCUGCACUGGCUAUGAAGGCAGCCAUCCUGAUCCAGCGUUGGUACAGACGUUACAUCGCCAGGUUAGAGAUGAGACAGCGAUACACCUGGAACAUCUUCCAGUCUAUAGAGUAUGCUGGGGAGCAGGACCAGCUACAGCUCUCCAGUUUCUUCAGUUUCAUGCUGGACAACUUCACUCAACUCAAUGGGAAUGGCCCAGAUCUGAUCUCCCACCUGCUAGACCCAGUGGUUGACCCGUGGUCAGACAGAGAGAGACAGACCAUGUAUGAACAGAUCACUGUUCCUGAGUCCUACAGUGGUCCUCACCUCACCUUCCCCCUCACCGUCUCUCACACCAACGCCCUGCUCUCUGCAUUCAAAGAGCAACAGCCUCUCCACGGCAGAUACAUGCUGCAGUUGUUACACCAGACUAAGAAGCUCCUGAAACAGAUGCCAAACGUCAUUCACCUGUCCACACCCUACGCCAAGGAGAUCACAAUAUGUGGAGAUUUACAUGGCCGUCUUGAUGACUUGCUGCUCAUAUUCUACAAGAACGGCCUCCCCUCGGCAGAGACCCCGUAUGUGUUCAACGGAGACUUCGUGGACCGAGGGAAGAAGUCUGUGGAGGUCAUCAUCCUGCUGUUUGCCUACCAGCUCCUCUACCCAGACCACAUGACCCUGAACAGAGGCAACCACGAGGACCACAUCAUGAACCUCCGAUAUGGAUUCACUAAAGAAGUUAUGCAGAAGUACAAGACACAUGGCAGGGACAUCCUACUGCUGGUCCAGGAUGUGUUCAGCCUCCUCCCCAUAGCAACAGUCAUCGAUAACAAGGUGCUCAUCGUCCAUGGAGGAAUAUCAGACAUGACGGACCUGUAUUUACUCAGCUCUAUAGAGAGACACAAGGUGAAAUCUGCCCUGAGGCUUCCUAGGAGGAGUCUGAACCAUCUGGAGGUGACUAGGAGCAGUAGACAGGGCCAGCCAGAGAGCCCCCGGUGUAGGAGCAGGGGCCAGCCAGAGAGCCCCCGGUGUAGGAGCAGGGGCCAGCCAGAGAGCCCCAGGUGUAGGAGCAGGGGCCAGCCAGAGAGCCCCCGGUGUAGGAGCAGGGGCCAGCCAGAGAGCCCCCGGUGUAGGAGCAGGGGCCAGCCAGAGAGCCCCCGGUGUAGGAGCAGGGGCCAGCCAGAGAGACCCAGGUGUAGGAGCAGGGGCCAGCCAGAGAGCCCCAGGUGUAGGAGCAGGGGUCAGGACCAUGGCAACACCCCCAAGAAGAGACGUCACCUCACCAGACAGGGCAGCUCCUCCUCUUCCUCCUCAUCCUCACUCUGCUCCCCCCGGGGGUCGUCCCGCCUCACUCUGUGCCGCUGCCUUUCUCCCAGCAUGCUGAGCCCCACCGACAACCUCCAGGUGCCCUUCCUGGACUCCUUCACCGCCCUCCCCGUCCGUCAGCCGCCCAGGGAGGAGUUGGAGUGGAAACAGGUAGUAGAUUUGCUGUGGAGCGACCCGAAGAGCCAGCCAGGCUGCAGUCCCAACACCUUCAGGGGAGGAGGCAGUUACUUCGGGCCAGACGUGACCAGACGCCUGCUGGAGAGACACGGCAUGACUCUGCUGAUCAGAUCACAUGAGUGUAAACAGGAGGGCUACGAAGUCUGCCACGACGGACAGGUGAUCACCAUUUUCUCUGCGUCUAACUACUAUGAGGAGGGUAGUAACCGUGGAGCCUACAUUAAACUGGGCAGAGAGCUGGUCCCUCGCUUCUUCCAGUACCAGGUCAGCAGGAAUACCAGGAAACUCACCCUGACUCAGAGGGUGAAUGUGGCAGAGGGUUCGGCUGUAAGGGCUGUACAGGAGAAGCUGUUUUCUCACCGCUCAGAACUCAUGGCUGCCUUUCAGCAGUAUGACACAAGUAACAGUGGCUAUAUCUCUGUCAGUGAGUGGGCCCUGGUGUUGGAGUCAGUCGUGAGACUGGACCUGCCCUGGAGGACUCUGCGCCCGCGCCUGGCACGGCUGGCACCAGAUGGCAGCAUCGACUACCAGUCCUGCUUCGAGGACAUGGGCCCGGGACAACCCAUACCCCAGGUCACUCCAAACUUGGCUGAAACUCUUUACAGGUAUCGAACAGACCUUGAGAUUAUCUUCAACAUCAUGGACAAAGACCACUCUGGUCAGAUAUCCAUCGAGGAGUUCCGUCAGACCUGGCAUCUGUUUAGUGCUCACCUAGGUGUGGAGGUGGAUGACCGGGCCAUAGAUGAACUGGCUAAGAGUAUAGACUUCAACAAGGACGGUAGCAUCGACUUCAACGAGUUCCUAGAGGCUUUCAGGGUGGUGCACAAACUGGAUGUUAAGGACCAACAGCAGGGCUGAGAGAAACCUUGUUGUUGUGCUGAAGACUCACAUUAGCUACCCGGGCAAUGACUUGGCUUUAGCUCAGUGAGCCAACACUGGCAGCAGGGCUGAGAGAACUACAAAGACCAGCGGCUAGGUUGAUAGAACUACAAAGACCAGCGGCUAUGCUGAGAGAACUACAAAGACCAGCAGCUAGGUUGAGAGAAUUACAAAGACCAGCAGCUAGGCUGAGAUAACUACAAAGACCAGCGGCUAGGUUGAUAGAACUAAACUACAAAGACCAGCGGCUAUGCUGAGAGAACUACAAAGACCAGCGGCUAUGCUGAGAGAACUACAAAGACCAGCGGCUAGAUUGAGAGAAUUACAAAGACCAGCAGCUAGGCUGAGAGAACUACAAAGACCAGCGGCUAGGCUGAGAGAACUACAAAGACCAGCAGCUAGGCUGAGAGAACUACAAAGACCAGCAGCUAGGCUGAGAGAACUACAAAGACCAGCGGCUAGGCUGAGAGAACUACAAAGACCAGCGGUUAGGCUGAGAGAACUACAAAGACCAGCAGCUAUGCUGAGAGAGUACUACAAAAACCAGCGGCUAGGUUGAGAGAAUUACAAAGACCAGUGGCUAAGCUGAGAGAACUACAAAGACCAGCAGCUAGGCUGAGAGAACUACAAAGACCAGCAGCUAUGCUGAGAGAGUGCUACAAAAUCCAGCAGCAGAUUUGAGGGGAGCCAUGCUCGCCUUGGCUUUAGCUCUGCAGGCUUUAACAGUCUUGUGGUCAACCAUACACUCAGUGUAGCACAUGCAGUUGCAUGAGUCAGGAAUAUAUCUAGGAGAUGUGGUCACCCUUCUCCCUGUGGUGUAGAACAUGUCUCAGAUGAGAACACACUACUCUCACUAGCUACUGAUAUGGAGGUGGACCAACACACGUGAGGUUUCUACAGACAACGCAGACAAGAGCUCCCCGCGGCAUGUCCUAGCUCUGCUCUGCAGACCAACAGCACUUUGCCCCAACUUUUCUAGGUCUGAGACAGGGCUGACACCAGACUGCUCCAUCCUCUCUUCAGGGUCAAAGGUCCAAUGCAGAUGUUUUAAUUUUUUUACAUUUCAAUAUUAAAUAAUUUCUGGGUAAGUACCUUACUGCGGUUGUUUUUCAUUAAAAUGGUCAAAAAGAAACUAAAAUAGCUUAUUUUAGCAAAGAGCUAUUUCUCAAGCAAGAAUUUAGCUAUGACUGUCUGGGAGUGGUCUGGAAAACUGAAAAUGAUCUGUUAUUGGCAGAGAGGUUUCAACGUCUUUCUUAUUGGUCUAUUAACUCAUUUACUUCCUGGUGUAAAGUGUUGGUCCCAUGAUUCAUGAAGCUGAAAUAAACAAUCCCAC